UACCAUCGCCAGUUAUCUAGGAAGCCCCGGAUCAUGGACUCGGCUUGCGGGGUUGUCUGUUUCUUUCUCUGCCCAGGUCUAUGUCCUUUGACCGUCCACCAUGGGCUCCCUGAGAUUGAACAUACCCAGUUCUUCUCCCGCUCUGACAUUCGUGCGGAAUCGGCAGCGGAAAUCCCUCUAUGCUGGGCUAGCAUCCAUCCUGCUGCUCGUGGUAUGGGGUACGCUGCUGAUCAUAUCUGAUGCCCCGUAUGGUGGACUGGGGCAUGGGAUCGGCUCGUCCGAUCGAUUGGGUCUCGCCGCCAUCCAAAACCAGACACUUGGUUUCGAAAAGAUCUUCUGCAUCAACCUACCCAGCCGAACAGACAAACGCGAUGCGAUCGUCCUAGCCUCAUCAAUCACCCAGUUCCGCGUUGACUGGAUCGACGGGGUAUCCUCCGAAGAUAUGAGCCCUAAAGCUUAUCCCCCACGUUUCGACGAACCCGACAGACCUCGCAUGCUCCCCGGCGAGAUCGGCAGCUGGCGCGCCCACGUCAACGCCAUACAACGAAUCAUUUCCGACCGAAUCUCCACCGCCCUAAUCCUCGAAGACGACGUCGACUGGGACAUCACCCUGAAAUCGCAACUCCACGAAUUCGCCCUCGGCGCUCUCGCCCUCCAAACCCAGUCCCGUCCCACCCACUCCCCCUACGGCCAAACCUGGGACCUCCUCUGGCUCGGGCACUGCGGAACAAAAUGUCAAAAGUCCACCCCCUUCUAUAUCCUUCCCAACGACCCGACCUCCGUCCCCGUCUACGCCCUACCCCCGUACUGGGCCGGGCCGGCCAUCCACCCCCUCGUCGACAAUAUCAAACAUAACCGGAUCAUCUGCAAAUCGACCAUGGGGGUAUGUUCGACCGCGUACGCAGUGACGUUUACCGCGGCGCAGAAAAUCCUCGCCGCGGUGUCGGUUGCCCCCUCCGAGGAAAGCAUGCCGGCGGGCGAGGGCAUCGUGUUUGAUGUUGUGUUGGGGAGGUUGUGCGAGAGUGGGUAUUUGAGGUGUAUUGCGGCGUAUCCGUCGUUGAUGGGGAAUUGGAAGGGGGAGGGGUUGCCGUCGAAGGGGUCGGAUAUUCAGUAUAGGUAUGAUGGGCCCAAGGAGGGGAGGGUGUAUGAGGGGGCGAGUUUUCAGGGAGUGGUGUUUAGUGUUAUGGGGAAUUUGGGACGGUUGGUGGCUGGGGAGGGGGUGGGGAGGGCUUUGGUGAGGGAUGUUAUGUGGGAGGAGGUUAGGGUUGAUUGGAAGGGGGAGAUGGUUUUGAGGGGUGUGUAGGUGUGGUUGGGAUGGGCAACAGUCUACACCAAACAAACUAUAUCUUGGAAAUAAUUGCACCAACCACGCCAAAGUCCGACGACACGAAAAGUAUCAGAUUGUGAUAUCACUGCCAAAGUAUAUACAAAACGGUUCAUAUCCGACGUGGAAUCAAUGCAACAGUCACUCGCUCGAGUAAUUUGAAGGUUCGAUCAUCUGCGGAACUAUACCCCAUCAGUCAGCUUGGCUAUAAUCAUGAAUAGGGAUCAAGCAUACCUCGACUUACGGUCCGUCAGGGAUUUACCAACGGCCAGGGCCUCCGUGAGGGCCACCAGGGCCACCAGGGCCGCCGCCGUGAGGACCGCCAG